AGGGAUCGGGGUGGGGGUGGGGUCUGUUUGGGGCCCGCCCACCGGGCCCGACCCGCAGGCUUUCGCGCGGGGAGCCGCAGUCGCCGAGACGUGGGCGGGUCGCCGUGUGGAGGCGGGGGCGACGGGGCCCCGGGUGACCGCGUCCUCCACCCCGGCGCGUUGAAACUCCGCCCGGAUGCGGCUGCGGGUCCCGGUGCACGUCCCCGAGGCUGCGGGGCCCGCGCGGCGUCUAGCCCGGGGACUUCUCGAGGGUGUGAAUGUUGAAAAGGUGCGUGGCGUUGGCAGGAUCUGCGCGUUGUGGAUGCUGUAAUGGUCUGCAGCCCCUGGCCUGGUGUUCAGCCUCUGCCGUCCAUCCUCCUCUCCUCGGCUUUCGACGCCUGCGUUUUCUCACCGUCAGAUCUGCACCUGUGGCAGGGAAACUGCAGCGGUGCCGGGUUCAGCGCCUCAGCCCGCGCCCCGCCCAGUGCCACCUGCAUGGCCGCUGCCUCCAUCCCCGCGUCCCUGCCCUGCGCUGCCCGCCGCCCCUGAGAUGUCGGCAUCCGCUAAGCCCGCGGCCCUGGCAGAGCUGGCUCCGGGCCCCGGUGAGAAGCCGGGGGGUCGGCCGCUCCUGGCCUGGGGCCCCGUGUUUGGCCACCGGAGUGAGAAGAUCGCAUUUGGCCAGAGCGAAGGUGGCCCCGACGAGCAGCUUCUGCACCCUGUUUCUCAACAAGUACAUCCUGUCCCUGCUAGAAGGGGAGCCCAGCAUGCUAGGGGCCGUGCAGAUGCUAUCAACCACGCUCAUCGGCUGCGUCAAAGUAUUCCUUCCCUGCUGUUUGUAUCAGCACAAAACCCGGCUCUCUUACCCUCCCAACUUCAUCGUGACCAUGUUGUUCGUGGGUCUCAUGAGGUUUGCAACAGUGGUUUUGGGUCUGGUCAGCCUGAAAAAUGUGGCGGUGUCCUUUGCCGAGACGGUGAAGAGCUCGGCCCCCAUCUUCACUGUGAUCCUGUCCCGGACCGUCCUGGGGGAGCACACCGGGCUGCUGGUCAACCUCUCGCUCAUCCCUGUCAUGGGCGGCCUGGCGCUGUGCACGGCCACCGAGAUGAGCUUCAACUUCCUGGGGUUUUCGGCCGCCUUGUCCACCAACAUCAUGGACUGUUUGCAGAACGUUUUCUCCAAAAAGCUCCUCAGCGGGGACAAAUAUAGGUUCUCGGCCGCGGAGCUGCAGUUCUACACCAGUGCAGCAGCCGUGGCCAUGCUCGUCCCGGCCUGGAUCUUCUUCAUGGACUUGCCGGUGAUCGGGAGGAACGCGAGGAGCUUCCGCUACAGCCAGGACGUGCUGCUUCUACUGCUGGCGGACGGCGUCCUCUUCCACCUGCAGAGCGUCACGGCCUACGCCCUCAUGGGGAGGAUCUCCCCCGUGACCUUCAGGUAAGGACCGCACCUCCCAAGAGGUGAAGUGCCUCCAGGUCACGUGCAGAGGGGAACGCUUGCCAUCUAGACGUUUUAUAAGAGGUGUUCGUGGUUGUGGAAUCACAAAUGUAGCGAUCGCUGUGGUCACAGGUCGUAAUUACUAGGCCGUUCUGUAUUGGUGCCGUUUGAAACGUGAACAGGAAAGUCUGUGAAACAGAUCUUUAGGGGAAUCCCCACUGGGAUUCUGUGCAGAAGCAGAAAUCCUUGGAGUGGUGUGAGUGUACUUCUGCCCGAAACAGCACUGUCCGUGGAAUCUCCCGGGAUGACGGAUUGUCCCGCUUCUGGGCCGCCCAGGGUGGGAGCCACAGGCCACGUGUGCUGCUGAGCGCCUGGGGCGUGCCAAGUGCCACGAGGAACCAACGUCUGACAUUUCUCUAACUUUAAUCAGUUCACACUUGAGCAGCCACACGUGGCCGUCAGCUCACUGCUGGUAACUUAGCACUGAGCUCAGGUCUCACAGGCUUCUUCUCUGUAACUGGGCGGACUUAGCGAAAGCGAAAGCGUGAUUUGACACCGGAGCAUUUUCAGUAACAAAUAGAAAGGAGUCGGCUGAGGUUGCCAGCAGGCCUGGAAAUCCAUGCAGUGAUGUCUGCGGGUCUGCCCGUCAAGUUGUCGUAGAAGCCAACGGGCCUUUGUCCUUUAACUUCAGAACUGUCACUGGAGAGCGGAAUUGUACCCAGGAGUGAUGGCAGCAGGUGCAUCGCUGCCCUUGGGCCUCCCGGGGUGCACGCACCCUCUGCCCGACUCCUGGAGGGGAGCUGCCUGCUGAUUGCUGAGGUCUCCUGAAGCUCUCGCUGUCACAGUCUGUCAUACGGUCUUGUUUCCAUUUAGGGCCAGGAAUUAUAUCCACAUACCCCUGAAACUUUGUUUUUCAGUGAUUGUUAGUUGACGGUUCAAAAAAAGGCAGAAAACAGAAGACCAGUUCUUUUUAUUUUAUUAAAAAAUUUUUCUUUGGCU